UCCCCAAAAUGCUGUUGGAAACUGCAUAAUUGAUGAUAUGAGAGCUAUGACUGAUGCUGCUGGUGACAGACCUGUGAUUCUUGUAAACCCUCGCCUAAAGGAUAUGCCUGGAUCAAGUGGUAUAAUGCAAACAAUGGGAAGAGACAUGAGGCUAAAGUAUGCUGCAUCAUUUGAGACCUGCUAUUCAUUUCGUCUUCUCUACUAUGCUGGCUCAUUCUAUCCUAUCAUGGGAGCUUUAAGGGAUGCGGAAAAGGCAUCUUCAGGAUUCUGGGGUUUCUUAAGUGGUAUAUUGUGAGGCAAGUGGUCUACUAUAAAAUGACGCCAUCCAUCUUUCUUGGUAUUAUUUGUAUCAAAGCUUAGAAUUGAAUGGAAGAAGCAAAUUUGAAAACUUUACAUUUUCCAAUCUGAUACAUCAGCUAUGAAUGGAAUUGUUGAUCCUUAGGUUUAGUAUGUUUUACCCAUUCAGCCUUUUUGAGUGCACCGCCUAUUUUCCCCGUUCCUUAGAUUCUCCAGCCAUAUCCAUGUUGAUGUAAAGUUUCACAAGCAUAUCGAAGGAUAAAAUGGCUACUAGAGAUUUUUUAUCAGCUUAUUAUCUAAUAUCAGUACCUUACUCUCAUAGGUUGAUGGCUGGUAUGCAAUUUUACAAUAUGCGGGAUUCAAAAUUUCAUCAGACUAUUUUCAUGUUUGAAGAUUCUGUUCCGAACUGCUUUGCAUUAGAAUCCUUAAUACCAAGUUAAAUAGUUGGAAUAAUGAAACUGAAGUUUUUUGUUUCUAGUCCUCCAUUCUGAAAGAUGAAUGGAACCUGCAUACUUAUGACUUGAUGGUAUCACAAAACUACCAUCUUUGUUGCUCCGAAUGCAGGGUUUCUUUCUUGAACUAGUGAAGAUGCAUGAGCCAUAGGCACAUAUUUUGAAAAAGUUAUGUGAAAAAUAAUUUGAUUACAUCAAAACGACUACUAAAAAGUUAGCUUCUUUAUUAAUGCCGAGCAAUUCAUUCCACUUAAAAAUUACUACAUGAGGAUUAAAUAUUAUUCCAUUACACACGCACAACAUCUGGUCCUAGAUCCAUCCAUCCGCAACAAAUACAAUUGUCACACAUCUGCUUGUCACACUGCAUUUAAAUAAUAUUCUUUCAAUUCUAUUUGUUACUGUAUAGAAUAAUACGUGGCCGUUUUAUACGUGAACCGUGACUAAGCUUGUGCAGGUAUGUGUGUGUGUGUGUAUAUAUAUAUAUAGUAUAUGGCGAGGCUAAAAUGCAACAAGGUGCAUUUGUUACCCCGGUUGCACAGACCUCCUGGUUGCGUCUGUGCCCCGCGCACCGUGCGCGCCCCGCGCCCCGCGCGCGCCUCCCGGCCUGCUAGCGGCCCAUGGGAUGCGUCAUCCCCCCGCACAUGGGCCCGUGACAGCCUACAAGGUCCGCCUGGCGUGGCCUACCGCGGCAGAGCGCCAAAAUGCAACACCGGUUAUAUACCAAUUGCAAACAUUAAUGUUGUUCAAUUGCAACCAUGUGCGAUGUCCUCGAGGAGGGGCCGUCCGGACAAAAUAAAUGGGGUGCUGUGUUUUGAAUGGAUCGAGGAACAUCCGAAUCACCCCAAUUCGCCGCCGCCGCUGCCAAAAAGCACCCCAAUCUAGUUGGAGAUCCACCUGUGAGACAUGGCGCCGCCGCCGCUGAUCCCACCUGCAUCCCCCACCCCAGCACCCAAUCACGAUUCGCAGGCGCUAGAUCGCGCAGUUGCAAUUGCGGAUUAUACGGCAGCAUACAGAGCUCGGUGCUCCACAGCGGAAGGAGCAAGUACGCCGUUGUCUAGGGUGUCGUUGCCCCCCGUCGCCGCCCCAACGACAACCCUGCUGUUGUAGUAGCUCCUACGCAAUACCCCGGAGCCAAUUCUCCUAAUCCCCUCCAUCACAUGUCGACGCUAACGCCACCCGCGGCACUGCCUCCAGGAGCCCUGCAGACUUCAGAAGCUACGCAAAUUAUCUACCUGGAUCCUAAUAUAGCCCCUGUGUUUGUGCCAAGAGUGAAGCAGGUGUUCCCUACAAAGAACGAUGCAUAAAUGUUUUAUAGGGACUAUGCGAAGCUAGCUGGGCUUAGUAUAAGGACAGCCAGAACUAGCAAAGAAACCAAUCAUUGGGUGUGCUCUAGGGAGGGGUGGCAUGAAGGUAAAAAGGGGGAAGAGCCCAACAAGACGGAAAAGGGAUCAAAAAGAUGCGGCUGCCCUGCAUAUGUCAAAGUAAAGCAUGACAAGAAGUAGGGGUAGUGGUACUUUGAUCAUGUGCAUGAAGCCCACAAUCACAAACUAGAACCAUCUCCUAGAAUGACAAGAUACAUGCCUGCACACAAGAACAUGGAGGAAGGCAUGUGUGACAUAUUCAAUAUAAUGACAAGAAAUAGGGUUCCACAUCAAGCAGCAUUGAAUGUGAUGGCAGAUCUGUAUGAUGGUCGGCAUAUGUGGGGUUUUACGUAGGACAUAAAAAAUAUGAAGGCGGAGAAAGUUAGGGAGGAAAGAGACGAUGAUCUUAACAAGCUUCUGCAAUUCUUCAGGGAGUGUAAGGAGAACAAUGAGCACUUCUACUGGGAUGUGGAUGCAGAUCCAAAAACUAGGUUGCUGAAAAACAUAUUCUGGAGCCAUGCAAGCCAGAGGGCUGAGUACAGAGACUUUGGAGAUGUCAUUACAUUUGACAUGACACACAAAACAAACAGCAAGCACAUGCCGCUAGCCAUGUUUGUUGGGGCAAAUAAUAACUUGAAGAAUGUAUCAUUCGGGAAAGCAAUGAUUGGUGAUGAAACAACUGGAUCAUUCAAGUGGUUGUUUGAGACCUUCAAGAACUGCAUGGGUGGUCGGCAGCCUUAUGUGAUCCUAACAGAUGAGGAUCCAGCUAUGAGGCAAGCAAUAGGGAUGGUACUUGACAGAACACAACAUAGAAACUGUCGCUGGCACAUCCUGAGGCUGUGGGAGUAUGAGCUGGACCACCUGUACGUCCAACACAAGAAUAAGAAUUUGAAAGAAAGAUUGGAAUCUUUGAUAAAUUAUCCACUUGGGCCAAUGCAAUUCGAGAUCGAAAGGAUAAGGCUAGUUCAUGAAUGUGGCAUUGCUGAAAACCCCGCAAUAAAAGUCCUGUGGGAUAAGAGGGAGAGGUGGAUAGUAGCUUACUUCAAGGGGAUGUACUGUGGGAGAAUGACAUCGACACAAAGAUCAGAAAGCCAAAACAAGGUCCUUAAAGAUGGCUAUGUUAAUGAGAGUACAAGCAUGCACAUGUUUGCUAAAAGGAUGCUGGACACACUUCGACAUGCAGACCACAUGGAUGCCGGCGAGACACACUACGCCCAGGCUGAGCUGGUGCGAGCGUGCAAAGCAAAAUUUGAUGAGCAGCUAAGCAGGCUAUACACAAGGGCUGUAUACCAAGAGUACAAGAAGCAAUACAAUAAUAGUACAACAUUUGUGACUGAGCCUAAUCCAGAUCCAAGAGUGAAGAAUGGAUGGCUGGUGAAGCAUGAAAAUGGGGAAGGGAGUUUUUGUUGGGCCCAACAUGAAUUCAAGGUGGUUGCAGAUAAGGAAGCUGGUGAAUACAGCUGUGAAUGCAAACAGUGGGAACAUAUAGGGCUGUUCUGCAUGCACAUCAUUAGAGCCUUCACAGAACUUCAGGUCAGGAAGAUACCAGAGAAAUACAUACUGAAGAGGUACACUCAUGAUGCAAGAGAAGAAGUUAUGUGGGAUAGGCACGAUGGUGUGCGGAUCGGUGCACAAGCAAGCAAAGAGCAGUGCAGGAUGUCGAAGCUGCUACCUAAACUGAUGAGGCUUGGAAAAGUGGGGAGUAAGUCAGACCGUGCUUAUGAAGAAACCAACAGGCAGCUGGACAAGAUUACUCCGGGUAUUGAAUUAUUCCCGAUAAGUGCAGAUGAUGAAUCAUCGGACCCUGCCCCAUCAUCAAAUGGGUCAGCUGUAACAUCUGGAGGUGCUGACACUAAUUCACCACCGUCAUCAGCCCUGUUACAUGCUGGGGUGUUGCAAAUUGAGCCACCAGUGUCUCGCACAAAAGGCAGGGCCUGGAAAACAAAAGAAAAAUGAUGUUGAGGCUCCACUUAAUGGCACCCCACUAAGCACAUACACAAGAGCGAACUAUGGUGAUAGGGAAUGCAGCAGAUGUGGGGUUCGAGGUACGCAUUACAGCACAACAUGCCCAAUAAACCCUGAUCGAAGCAAAUCAGCAGAAAUGUGUGCAAAUAAGAAAAGUACCAAAAUGAAUGAUGGCCCCCCGAGGAAGAGUGGACGGCCAAGGAUCGUGAAGGAUCUGCGUGAGGGAGAAGAUCUGGAUAAAGAUGAAUGGCCUGUGACACAACAUGGCAGUGCUACAACCAAUGGAGUGGGUGCAGAAAAUAGUGGACGUCGCCAAAGAGCUAAACGUGUAAACUACCAGGAAUGACGUAGUGUUGGCGCUCCUUAAGUACCCAUUUUACUAUAUGAUUAGGAGUCGUUUUGGUAAAUUCUUCGGGAUGAUUCAUGUACUAACCCGCCACUUGGCACCCGAACUUGACCGUUUUCGAUUU